GAGAGAGUAACGUGUAGUCCGUUUACGUGAGAAAACCUGUUUCCAGCCUUCCCUCCUUCACGGAAACAAACUGAAACCCCCCCAAGAAAAGCAAAAACGCACGGAUGUGCCGCUUGUUCCAGGAGGGGGGGAGUAAACCUCCUCCCAGCGCUGUCACAUUCAAACAGGCAACGGUGCGAGGUUGCCAGUUUGGCGCUAUCCCCCCCUCUUCCUCCCUGCUCCUUUAAAUUGGACCUUUGGAGCUGUAGCUUGUGGCUGAUUUGCAUUAUUCCGUUGUUUGUGGAGCUGAAGCUGAAGCCGCCGUCACUCCGCGCGGGAAUAAAGGGACUUCGCCCGCAGCUCCGGGGACUGACUUUAGAGGGCAGCAGAUUGUCGCCUCAAACAACUUGGUGUUUGGAGCCAUUCAUCUUCCCCUCUACACUGACCAGAGCCCCUGUCCGGCCUGUGGCAUGAUGUAGCACUUCAAGAAGCGUACCAGUGUCAUUCCUCCACUAAAGCAAGAGCCAAAGCAGAGGUGGAUUAUUAAACAAUGGAUGACACAACAGUCACUGACCUCAAAGAGUCAACAUCAGAGCAGUCAGUAAAUCGGAUUUACACUCAUAAACCUGGGACCACCAGGCUGGAAGAACCACACAGCAGAUUUAUCUUCCUUUGAUUUGAAAGGAAUCUGCAAAGAAGUCACAUUGAUGGAUUUAAUUAAGGACGUUUUUGACUGAAACCCCGAGUUGUCUGAAAAAUAACCGCAAGUCAUUUUGACGCCGUGUUUUGACACAUCUGAGUCACCUGUUCCAUGUGGUCAAUGGGCUUGCUCUUUUCUCACACCUUUUGGACUCUAGAUUUAUCGUGAUGCUGCUUUUUUCUGUUGCGCUCUCGGAGUUUCCCACAAGCGGAAUUUGACUAUCGACAACAUGCCUCUGCUCAAAGUCAGGAAAAUCAGGACUUUUGCUCUCCUUUUUUGUGUGAUUACAUUUACAACUUUCCUGUUCAGCUAUACCUUCCGGGACCCUUCACUCUACUUCUUUAAGUACGCAUUUCGCCUGUCGGACAACUUCUUCUCCAAAGGGCUGUGUGCCUGUCGUCAGUGCAUAGCAGAGCUGGAGGAUGACCCGUGGUUCGCCGAACGCUUUAACCAGUCCAUCCACCCUCUGAUGACCAGAGAGAAUAGUGCCCUCUCGGAUGAAACCUUUAAGUGGUGGCAGUGGUUGCAGUCAGAGAGGCAGCCGGCCAACUUCAACGAAGUGGUGGAGGAGCUGUUCCAAGUCAUCCCCGAUGAGGUGCUUUACAUGGAUGCCGGUCCCGAGCGCUGCAGGACUUGCGCCGUCGUGGGGAACUCCGGGAACCUGAAGGGGUCCCAUUACGGUGGCCUCAUCGACUCUAGUGAUUUCAUCAUAAGGAUGAACCAGGCUCCCACCAGUGGUUUUGAGGAGGAUGUGGGCAGCAGGACAACUCAUCACGUCAUGUAUCCAGAAAGUGCCAUAGACCUGGACAAUAUUACUAGUCUGGUGCUGAUCCCUUUCAAGACUCUGGAUCUGCAGUGGAUUAUUAGUGCUCUGACCACUGGCACUAUUAAACACACAUAUUUACCUGUGAUGUCCAGGAUAAAGGCAAAUAAAGAUAAGGUGUUGAUUUACAGUCCAACAUUUUUCAAAUAUGUCUACGAAUCGUGGCUUGACAGUCAUGGACGAUAUCCUUCGACCGGUUUCCUCAGUUUGCUGCUCGCUGUCCACAUAUGUGAUGAGGUCAGUGUGUUUGGAUUCGGUGCAGACCAGUAUGGAAACUGGCACCACUACUGGGAGGAGAACCAUUUGGCCGGAGCUUUCCGACACACAGGAGUCCACGAUGGAGAUUACGAAUAUAAUGUCACCCUGCUGCUGGCAGACAAGCACAAAAUCCGAAUGUUUAAAGGCAGAUGAUACCGAGCCCAUAUGUGCAGCUGGAUGACCACCAAAUGAACCUCAGCAGCCUUUUAAUGUUCGUUACCCACCAAAAGAAGAAUUUUGUUUUCAUUUUAUUUCUUUAUUUUACAGAUUCCAAAGACAUUUUCACUAUUCUGCUCAGCCCAGUUUCCUGUCAUUUACUGAAGUGGCUGUUUAACAAAUGUCACUUCUAUUGUCACACCAGGAGACGAGGACAGGCCAUCCAUAAGACAAAAUCAGCACUGCCAUGGGAGACUGAGCAGAUAAUAGUAGAAGGGAGACGAAGAUGUAUGUUAAUAAGCAUGUUAUUAUAAAAAGCUGAAGUUCUACUACAUAGUAUGUGUAUAAUCCAUGUGUCGCUUUUCUAUAUACGGUAAUGAUGUCCAGCACUGUGGCCGCCAAAAGCUUUGUAUGCUAAUGAUCAGACCAAGUGCCGUAAUUACCGUUAAUGUCAUUCAAUUGCCUCUGUUGCAAACUGUUUAAGUUUAAAUUGAUACCCAAUAAAUGUAAAAGCAUUUAAAGCAAAACCCUACAGACCUAACAUCAAAAUGCAUUUUCACAAUAUGGCAUUGGUUUUUUACUUUGUAGUGAUGGACAUGCGAGAAAUUCUGCUGUUUUUUGUCAGACCCACCAAUUUUUUAAUGUGCAACCUGCACUAAAAAGCUAUUUAUUAACUUGCUUUCCUGAUUACAGCUGUAAAAUAAAGUUUAAUGACACUAAAGGGGUGCUUAAAAUUGAACCCAAAAUCUAGCCCCAAGAAAUUAUUUUACUACAUUGGGACAUUUACAGAAAACCCCCAGGACUACAGCCACAUCUAUGGGAAAUACUUAAGUGUUCAGUCCAAAUGUCAAACACUUUGUCAUCCCUACAUACUAAGUUUUGCAGUAUAGUUUUAAAAAUAACCAUAUUGUCAAUGCUAGAGCAAAAAUUAAGUCUCUAUCAAAAAGAGUCUAAAAAUGACUAUGCACUUUGUUUUGCGUCUAAUAAGCUUCAAUAGUGCUAUGUAUUUCGAGCCAAAUGUUAGCUGUCUAACCUGCUAAGCUAUGAUGGGGAACAUGUUAAACAUUCCUUGUGCUAAUAAUGCUAGCAUUAUCAUAAAGAGCAUUUUAGCAUGCUAGUAUUGAGCCCAAGUUCGCCUGUGUCUCACAGAGCUGCUGGUAUAUGCAGUGUUUUAAUCUUCCCACACUUAAUCUUAUUUUCUCCUUAUUUUGUUGAAGAUUUGUGGGCUGUAGUGUUUUUUGUGACACAAGUGUGUAUCUCCUAGCAAGUCAGAAUUAGCACGGUGACACUAAAAAAAAUUAAUAAGCUAGUUCCUUAGUUGUCACUCUCUGUGCUCGCUGUGCACUGAGGGUACAAAUAAGACUUAGCUUUUUAAUCUUAUUCUUCUUAUUUUGUUGGAUAUUUCUUGACUGUGAUGGUUGAGAAGUAGACACACAAAUCUGAGCUAGCACGCUGGUACUCAUGGGCUACAUUACAGUAUCCACUGCCUCUAUCCUUGGCUUUUUCAGAUAUGUCUCAGUCACAUAGAGAACAAUAGAAUGACAACCUCCUUGUGACUAGGAAAAAUCAGUCAUUGGUUGUACUGACUUUUUUCACAUUGGCGACUUAUUUCAAAUAGUUGGGACCAACAACUGGUUGCCUAAAGGUUAAGUGUCUAACAGUCAACAACUUGUAAUUCAACAGCUUGCCACCAAAAUUAUAUUCUCAUUAUGUCUUUAUAUAUAAGCAAAGUUGCUGAGCGCCAAUGUCAUCUUGCAGUUAAAUGAUCGUAAUGCAGCAACUACAUUAUUUGUGGAGGGAUUUCUGAAUUUUAAAUCCAUGGUUCUGGUUGGCAGUAGCAGUUAAUGUAAAUUUCUGUUUAAUAUGAAUUUCUGUGGAUACAGACAGCAAUGAAUUUGUAUUUUUCACCAGUUUAACACAGUUGAUCACCAUAUUAACAAAAACUGACUGCAUUUAAAUGCUAACUUGACCCCAUUCAAUUGCAAACUGAUAGCAGACUAACUCCAUCUUAUUGCUGUUGCAUUGCCAUCCUUGAAGUCAGCAAGGAUGAGAGUAGUCCCAGACCCAGUCUUUGUUUUCAAAGCAACUUCUUCAAAGGACGCCAGUUCAGUCAUUUUCAUUUUCUCUAGUUGUAGUAUCGAAUUUUCUACCCACAGUUUAAGUGUUACAUACCCAGUGUGUAUUAGGAGAGAUGACUGUAAUGAAAAAUCUCUUGAAAUUUUCAUGAAUUAUAUGAAUUAUUUCCAUCUCUUUGACAGAGGGCUGGCCUGAGCUACAUAUUCAGAGCACAGACAUUACAUUAGACAGGAUGCAGCGUGUGCUUCAGCUGCUUUCACUAAAAAUACCAUAAUGUGGCACCUUCCUGCGGCUUUAUGUGGCGGUGUGGGCGUGUUAAUAUGUAAAAUGUAACCGAGGUGAAACAGAAAAUAAUGCUUUAUUGCUCUUAUUUGUUCCCGUGAUCACUUCUCUCUCUCUCUCUCUCACCACUAACCACUGUGGCUCUCUCUCUCGCUCUCUCUCUUGUUGAGCUGAGGUGAAGGGGGUCAGCUUUUGAUGUUUCUCACAAUUUCAGCACAUUCUACAUUUGAAAUUGUAGAAUACCAACACCAACUUAGUUUCUGUUCUAGACAGAAAGAAAGUUUGGUGCUUGGAAUUUGUUUCUUUUAUUAAAUCUGCUGGGCCAAAAGGACUCUACUGGAGACCUGCAGCUACCUGUGGAUUAAGAGUUGUGUUAUAGCAAAGCAAUCAAUGAGAUUGUGCCAUUGGGUGUGAUGGAAAAAUGAUAGAAAGGUUUUCAGUGUUUGCAGCGUAACACAAACAGCGGGUUCUUUGUCAUCGAUCAUUAACACCUGACAUACGAACCAGCCUAUACAGGGGUGCCUUAUCGUUGAAAUCAGUGAUGUAGUAUACAUUUUUUGAUGUAUUAUGUGACACAGUUUGUAAAUGAAAAGUAUGUGUAAAGUGCCUUACAGUUAAAGUGUACUGUAUUGUUGUGUAAAUCUGACACUCAUAUGCUUGGUACACACAGUAUAGCUGUCUCAUUUAUUGUCAGUAAGAUGCCAACAUGUUUUGCACUUUUUGAUGAGGUGUCGCUCUGUUUUGUCCAGAUUUUAUUAGCUUGCUGAUCACACUGAACUCUCACCUUCUUAUUUUUACUCACAGACAUCUGACCUGAAAUGUUGUGCUUGUUCAGAUGAUGCAGGAGUUAGGCUUAGCUGCAGUAACAGGCUAUGAUUUGCUCUGUGUGCCUUGUAACAGAUUAGAGACAUUUGUAUGGCCGGUGUCUUUUCUUCAUUCUCGCACACACAGAGACAAACCACAAUUUGGUUUUUCCUGUCACCAUGAAUUCAUUCAGCUGCCACAGAAAACAACAGUGGUGUGAAUGUGUCAUACAGGGAGCAGGGAAUACUGCCACCUAGUGGACAAAAACGUGGGUCAGCAUUAACGUGUUUUGAUUUGGUAUUAUAUGAUUCAGUAUGAACUGGCACUUUUCAAACUGUAGUCAUUGUUUAUCGUUUAAAUAAACUGUAAGUAGUGCAGUUGUUUCAGUCUUCACACACACACUAGCUGUGAAGAUGGAUGUAUGUAAGACUAAGACACAAAAUAAAGGCUCCAAUGAAAAGAA